UGCCGCCCCUUUAAAACGCCGCCUGCUCGAGACUGCUGAGAACAGCGCGGAUGCUGGAGUGCACCUGCUCCGUGUUAACACACCUGCUGGGACGAACACUGACCCUGUUCUUAGCGUUAAAUGAAGCUGCUCGAACCCGGUCAUUUCUGAUACCUUUCUACUCGUUCGGAAGGAAUUAACGAGGGGUUUAUUACGUUUAUUAGCCUAUCCACGGCAGGCGUGCUAACAAACGGAGCUUUUAUGAGAGUGCUGUUUCCGGUUUAUUCCGCUGUUCGGCUGGGGAAGCGGUAGUGUUUCAGACAGGAUGCCGGUACAAAUUCCGGACGACGCGGAUUUCGCGUCUUUUAAGGCGCAGUGCGAAAGCGAAGAGGGAUGGAUACAGCGAUACAGCAAGUCAGGAGUGACGGUGUGGUGCCGAGAUGAGGAGACCAAAACAGUGCAAAAACUUAAGAUGAGUAUUGUGUGCAAGGAUGUCAGUGCAGACACUCUGUACGAUGUCUUGCAUGACACGAGUUACCGGAAGAAAUGGGACACCAACAUGAUCGACACAUUUGAUAUUGCAAGACUGACAGUGAACGCAGAUGUAGGAUAUUACUCUUGGAAAUGCCCGAGUCCACUGAAGAACAGGGAUUUUGUCACCAUGCGUUCAUGGCUUCCUCUUGGCAACGACUACUUGAUAAUCAACUACUCAGUCAAACACCCGCAAUACCCACCAAAGAAAGACUAUGUCAGAGCUGUGUCUUUACUCACCGGAUACUUGAUCCAGCGCAGUGGUGCAAACAGCUGCACUCUUUACUACUUAACACAAGUAGAUCCAAGAGGUUCCUUACCUAAAUGGGUAGUGAAUAGAGUCUCUCAAUUUGUGGGGCCUAAGGCCAUGAGGAAGAUCUACAAAGCGUGCCUGAAAUACCCCGAGUGGAAGCGGAAACAUGACCCUAACCUGAAGCCGUGGAUGUAUCCGGAGCAAAACACGCUGCCGUGCAUGAGUGCUUCAGAGCUCACUGUGCAGAGAGCUGAUUCCCUGGAGAACAUUGACGAGAGUGGUUUGAACGAGGAUAAGAUUCAGCACCACAGCGAUGAUGAGGAGACCUAAACCUUCAGAUUCUUCUUUCACAUGAGUGUGUGUACAUGUGCACUGUAUGUGUGUUUGUAUGUGUCUGUGUGCGUGUGUGUGUGUUGAGUUAGAUUGGUAGUUCUGCAGAGUAUGACAUAUUAGUUUUCAGCUGCAUCUGAUGCAUGAUUUGCUAUGCAUUGUUGAGGACCGUAAUGGUGCUCCUUUCAAGGUUUUUUGACAUAUUAAUGAUUGUGAUUGCACUACCAGUCCCAACUUACUAGAAUUGCACAUCAUUACAAGUUUGAUGAUUUUAUUCAAAAUGAGCUCUCAUACAUUUAUGCAUAAACACAAACAAAUCUACACAUUAUUGCAGGUAAGGAAAAUUUUGAAUCUUUGGCCUAGAGAUGCAAUGCUUUCUCAGUUCUCUCUCCUGUGAGUGAGCAUCAGUUUUGUAGUGUUUUAUGGCUCCAUGGACUUUUUUCUAAACCCUUUUUUUUUCUCUGGUAUUACUCAACAAUUGUGUAACACUUCCAGUAAAAGUUUCAUCUGGGCAUUUACAGUCUCUUUUUCAGGGUGCUCUACCUGUAGGAAGUGAGAGUUCUUCAGAACUCUGUGGCUGGCUGCAGGGAUUUUCACUUCAAUAUCUACCUAUGCAUCAAUAUGAUCUCAGGAGUUGUAAAAAAACAAAAAAACAACAACAAAAAAACAGUCUGCUGUCUACCUUUCUCGAAUUUUCAUUGUAUGUAUUUCUAUCUCUCUGGUCACUUUUCCCUAUUCAUUUAUGAAUAAACAUCGUUAUCUUGUAA